AGCUAGUAAAUGACAGUUGGUAGUAGCAGUCACCAGAGCUGGAGGGCAGAGAAGGGAGCUCCUGCACCCCCCAGAAGCGGCCUCAUUAACCAGAGCUCCCAUCAGUGCAUAGGUGGGCGAGCAGGGACUGAAGAGAGAGGGAGAAAGCUGUAGGAGCCCCGAAGUGUUGCACAGGGCUAGUGGCCACAUAGACCCUGCUAUAGUAGGACAGAAGAAUACCCUGAGCAGCGCCUGUCCGUGUCACCAUGGUGUUCUUUACCUGCAAUGCCUGUGGGGAAUCCCUGAAGAAAGGACAAGUGGACAAGCACACCGCCAUGUGCAGGAAUUGCAAGUGCCUCUCUUGUAUAGACUGUGGGAAAGAUUUCUGGGGAGAAGAAUACAAAACGCACUUGAAAUGCAUUAGUGAAGAACAGAAGUAUGGUGGCAAAGGCUUUGAAGGAAAAGCCAAAAAGGGAGACGUGAAACAGCAGCAGUGGAUAGAGAGGAUUUAUGAAGCUAUGAACAAACCCAACAUUAGUUCAAAUCUGAAGAACAUUUUAAAUCAAUUAAGUACGUUCGAUAACAUUCCGAGAAAAAAGACGAAAUUCCAGAAUUGGAUGCAAAACAGCCUGAAAAUUCAUAGUCAGACAAUGCAGGACCAAGUGUGGGAGAUUUUCUCUGAUGCCACAAGCACUCAAAAUAAAGCGGCCAGCAGUGAUACUCCAAAACUGUCCGACGCUAUCGAAAUCACAUCCGAAGCUUCGGGAACGGCAGAAGUGACAGAGAAAAAGAAAAGUAAGAGAGAGAGGAAGGAGGAAAGACAGACAAAGAAUAAAAAGGAGAAAAAGGAUCUGAGCUCGGAGGGCCAAGCGGAGAACGGGGUAGAGAAAAAGAGCAAGAAACGGGUUGUGGAAGAGGAGAGUAUGGGCGGUGGUGACUGCAAAGGCAGGCAUGAGGAAUCAAUGGGGAAGAAAAAGAAAAAACGUGGAAAUGAGAAUAUUGACGAGGAGCAAAUUCCACAGAAGAAGAAGAAGAAGAAACACGAGGAGUUCGAAGAAGAGCAGCAGGAAGGAGAAGCAGGAGAAAAUGCCACAGAUGCUGAAGAGGACAGUGCUCACAGAGGGAAAUUUAACUGGAAAGGAACAAUCAAGGCGCUUCUGCGCCAGGCUCCUGACCAUGAGCUGCCCAUCAAGAGACUGAGGAAGAAGGUAAUUUCUCAGUAUUACGCUACAUCUUCUGAAACGCACAAGUCCGAGAAGGAGCUCCUCUCUACCUUCAACAAGAAAAUAAAAAACAAUCCAAAAUUUAGAGUGUUAAAAGAGAACGUUAAGCUCAUCAAAUAAAAUAAAGAAUUGUAUGUAUGCUCAUUUAAAUGUAGUUAAUGGAAAUUCUAAAAAAGAUAUAUAUUAAAAAAAAUGGAUUGUUAUCUUUCCAAAUGGAAUAUGUUAUACUGUCGGCCAUCUUUACGUGUGCAAUUUUCUGUACUGCCCUAACUGUAGUAUUCAAUAAGAUGUUUCAUAUUUUUGUUUGCUUUAUAUAAAGGAUUCGGUAUCGUUACACUUUUCACACCAAGAGCCCCUGCAGAAAUUUGACAUUGUCUACACAGUGGAGGAAGCCAUUUUGUGGACUGAACAAAUAUUCACGUAAAUGCACCUAUCAUUUCAGUUUAACUCUAGCCCUUAAUGGUCAUCAAGCUCCGUAGUGAUAUUCAUGGUUCCUAGUGAAUUGUUUUGCCCACAAAAUGGCUGACUCCACUCUGUGUAUACUACAGCUGCUUUUUAACCUGAUAUAUGUGACGAAAUCGAAAGUGGUGUAUGCGUCACUAAUGUAACUGCGGGAAUUAGGCAUUUGUGUAAGUGUCGGUAGUAGCUGAGAAAAUACUUUUUGACCUGGAAAUUGCUUGAUCUAAAUAAGUCCAUGCCUCGUGCAAAUAAGUAUUGAAUAUUCACCAUUUUAUUAAACACACUUUAUAGCUACUAAUCCACAUGACACAGUUUGUUAACCGAAAUGGGUUAUAUUGUUGUAUGCUUAUACAUUAGAAAAUGGCAACAAGACUACAGUAAAUAGUUCAGCCUGUUUUUUAUAUCAUAGUUCCAUUUUUUUAAAAUAUUGUUUUUAAUGGUCGCUUCUCAUAAUGUGAUGACAUGUCUGCACAGUUGUCGAUUUGUUUUAAGGGGUAAAUGUCAAAUUGCAACAUUUCAUCUGCAUUGUUUGUAUAGUGGUGGCAGGCAUGAUUUUGGAUAAAACUAUAUUUAUGAAAAUGGCGGCUAUAAAUUCAGUAGGCGCUCUAGCACCAUCACGGCUUCACUGAUGCCCCAAAAUCCUAGUGAACAUGACACAUUUAUCUACAUAUUUUUCCUGCCUACAAAAUGGCCGCUUUGUGUGUUAGUGAUGUCACUAGUUAGUGCUCCAUUGUUAUAAAGACAUGUUCUCAAAAUGUCUGACUCAGGUAUUUGCAGUCCACUUUUUACAUAUUUCAUUAUAUUGGAUUAUUCUGUCUGGGAACAAAUGACUGUCUGGCUUUCUAGAAAUGCAUGUGUAUUGCUAAGGAUAUUUCUAAAAGCUUGGCAAGAGAUAACGUGGAGACAGAUAAAGUACCAACCAAUCAACUUCUUUUAUUUACAGGAGCUGAUUGGUACUUUAUCUCUCUCCAAGCUUUGAUAAAUAUCCACCAAAGGGGUCUAUUCAAGAAGCAGUGAAAAGUGUGUAGAAGUUGCCCAUGGCAACCAAUUAGCUGCUCCGUACAAUUGUGCAGUAUGCAUAUUAUAAAAGUUACCUCAAUGCUGAUUGGUUGCCAUGAGCAAUUUCUCCACUGGCUCACUUCUCCACACUUUUCACUGCUUCACGAAUAGACCCCAAAGUCCCCUUGGAUUAGUAUGUAUAAUUCCCUGAACUCUGCAUGGAUUCAACUAUUUAUCAGCAGAGAUGAAUAUUACCGAAUGUGACGCUGAAACUACAAUCACUCUACCUUGUACCAAACCUGUGUCCAUGUCUUAAGUUUUAUUCCGUGACCUACAAAUAGCAACUGCUGGGUUUCUGUGAUGUCCGGAACAUUAGCUAUAUUAGUACUACUGUAUUAUAUAAGCUAAGUGGGCAAGUCAUAUAUAAGGCUUUAAGGUGCCAAUAUCUCUCUGCACUACACUCACUAUAAUACAAAUGUAUGGAUAAUUUUUCACUAUCUGAAGUACAGUUGCAGAUAUUUUGGGGCUUUAGGAAAAAAUAUUGUUAAUUUGGAUGUAUAUGUUUGCCAUUGUUACUUUGCUACCUUUUGGCCUUUGUUGUUAAUACAGUAUACAAUAGGACAAGUUUUCAAAAUACAGAUUAUUAAUGGUUACAGAACUGUUUUUAAUAAAAUAAUCUUGUGAAAAUUCAAA